AUGAAGUUCUCUACCUUGAUUGCACUCGCUACUGCUGUAUCUUCCGUAUCAGCUAUCGGUGAUCUUGCCUUUAACUUGGGUGUUCAAGAUAACAGUGGUAACUGUAAGUCAGCCUCUGAAUAUGCCACCGAUUUCCAAACUUUAGAAGGUUAUUCAAAGAUUGUCAAGACUUAUGCUGUCUCUGACUGUAACACUUUGGAAACGAUUGGUCCAGCUGCUGAAAAAGCUGGUUUCCAAUUGAUGUUGGGUAUUUGGCCCACCGAUGACGCUCAUUUCCAAGCCGAAAAGAAUGCCUUAACCACUUACUUGCCAACCAUCUCUAUUUCUACUGUCAAAUACUUUACUGUUGGAUCUGAAGCCAUGUACAGAGGUGAUUUAACCGGUGAAGGUUUGGCUGAAAAGAUUUCUGAAAUAAAAGACUUAUUGAAAGGAAUCAAGGAUAAAGAUGGUAAAUCUUACUCCUCUGUUCAAGUCGGUACCGUCGACUCUUGGAAUGUUUUGGUUGAUGGUAUGGCUCAACCAGCCAUCAAGGAAGCCGAUUUUGUCUUUGCCAAUGCUUUCUCUUACUGGCAAGGUCAAACUCAACAAAACUCUUCUUACUCAUUCUUUGAUGAUAUCAUGCAAGCUUUACAAGUUAUUCAAACUACUAAAGGUUCUACUGAUAUUCCUUUCUGGGUUGGUGAAACUGGUUGGCCAACUGAGGGUACUAACUUUGAAAGUGCCGAACCAUCUGUUGAAAACGCUAAGACCUACUGGCAAAAGGCUAUCUGUGCUAUGAGAGGCUGGGGUGUGAAUGUUGCCGUUUUUGAGGCUUUUGAUGAAGCUUGGAAGCCUGACACUUCUGGUAUCUCUGAUGUUGAAAAGCACUGGGGUGUUUUCGAUGCAAAUUACAAGUUGAAGUACUCUUUGACUUGUGAUUUUUAA